AUGGGAUUGAGGUUAUUAUAUUCUACUCAAAAUAGAAGCUCAGAAGAUCCUUCUAACUCUGCCUCAGCAUCUUUGGCGCCACGAACGGGUAGUCAGGAUAGGCAAGCUUCGCAACAGUCUUCCCGUUCACUCCAUGGAGCUGCCGUGUCUCCAACAAGCACAGAACAGAAUGCCUCGGCCUCUUCGACGAGCGCGAUUGAGGUCAAGACCGUCCGUCGAGCGCGUGCAAGCAUACAGAAUCGCCAGCAGGUCAGCGCGGCUGGUUCGCCUGGACCUAGGCCUGGCCGUCUAGCCACAGCCAGCAGGAAAGACUACACCGAGGCUUCUUCCGGUGAUUCGGCUAGUGACACAUCGCAGAAUGGCAGCUCCUCUGCUUCAGGGAGGGAAGAUCACCUGCAUUCUUCUUCGAGCGAUCCUUCUGCUGCUACAGACGAGAUGUCGCCCUCUGCCAUUAGGCCAAGAAGAAGCCUCUUGCAUCCCCCAUCAGACAUCUCAGCCGCCAAAAAACUAUACCCGACGCGUCCAUGGUCUGAAAGAAGAACGACAUCCAGGGAAAGCUCUUCGCCAAUUUUCCAGCCCGGUCCCAGUCAAGAGCAGCGUGUUAUUCAGCCAUCCACUAACUUCAAAGGCUCAAUACCGAGCGGAAGGUCAAAACCCAGAUCGGCCAGUUCACUACUACAAUAUGCAAGCUGGCCUCGGCAGACUAUCCCUCCAGGUAUAGGAAGAAUUGUUGACCGAGACGGUGCGGCAUCUUCGAAGGGCAACCCACAGGACGAUUCGGUAGCUGCCGUUGGGGACCAGUUCUUUCCACCACCAAUAAACGGUCAAGUAUUACUCCCUGGUUUUGAUAAACUAGAGCUUCGUGAUGAUGCACGUUCACCUGCUGGCAAGAUCGGAAUCGGCAUCGAGGUGGAAUUUUUACUGAAAGCCCUCGACCCAGAGGACCGGAGAUCGACGUUAGGCGAAUUUACAGACACGAUUGCACGGGGCAUUGAAAUGUUGACACCACUCUUUGUCGCCUUUCCGCGGUCACCUUGGCGGAGCCAUGUCCAGGCGACUUGGAAAUACCUUCAGCAGCACUAUGAGAUCACAGACAACAAAAACUGCGGAACUCAUGUCCAUAUUUCAGUGGAAGGAGGUUACUCUCUGGAGGACGUGAAGCGGGUGGCCUCCGCCAGCAUACACUUCGACACAGCUUUCGAGGCAUUGGUCCCAGAAGCUCGCAGAGGACGGUGCGAAUUCGCCCGAAGCAUGUGGAUCGAUGCCCGAAAAUUUGCAGCAAAGGGUAGAUCUCGGGCUGAGGCUAUCCUCAUGAUCAAUGGUGUCACGGACUUCCACGCCUUCUCGAGUCUGGUACAGCCGUAUACGCUGAGGGGGUACAGCUGGAACUUUCGAAGCAUCUUGAAAUACUACACCAUAGAAUUUCGUAAGCCUCCCGCAAGCAAAAAUGCCGACGAGGCUCUUGGUUGGGCAGAACUGGCGAUGUCGUUUGUUCAGACGUCCAUAAGAUAUGGGUCGCCAGAGAGGUUGAGACUGAUUCCACCAACAGUUGGCGGUCUGCGCUGGUUUCUGCGGCAAAACCAUAUUGCUCGCUCGAAUGAGCCAGAGCGUUUAGAUCAGAUUUGGGCAGGCAAGGACCCGAAUGCAUUCGUAGAAGGUAUACCCCUCGAACAUGUAGAGUGUUCGGAAGGGAUGGGGAAAAUAGCGAGGAUGAUAGAAAGGGAUAGGCAGGAUAUUCUGAAGCAGAUACACAGCACACAGGAGCCGUACUGGCCAGAAUAA